AUGCACAGAGUCAUGACACCAUGCACCGCACAGCGGUGGCAGCUCCCAGCGAGGACACUCUUCAGAACGCAGACUCAUUCAAGGACAUUCAACUCACUUUCACUCAUUACACGCGCACAAGACCAUACCGGAUCACUAGACAAGGACAAGGACAACAACUCUUCUGAGGAUAACACAGCCGUCGAGGGCUGGCAGACGACAAUUGACGGUCUACCGGAUUACACAGCAGAGCCCCGUGGAAGAGCCAAAGGUGUCGAGUGGAAGCUUCGAGCCAAGGGCAGAAACUUUGUCGAUUUCUGUAGGAUCAAGGUGUCAGGAGGACAGGGCGGCGACGGAUGUGUAUCCUUUCAUCGCGAAAAGUUUAUUGCUUUCGGUCAACCUAACGGCGGCAACGGCGGUCGAGGCGGGAACGUGAUCUUUGAGGCGUCAUCGAACGAGACGUCUCUCCAACAUAUCCCUCACACUGGAUCUGCACCACGCGGAGUACACGGCAAGGGCUCGUUGAUGCACGGACACGCUGGCAAGGACAUGAUCAUUAAGGUGCCGAUGGGGACUAUUAUCCGUGAGGUGCCGUCGCCGGAGAAGGAGAGGGAGGAUGAGGAGGAGGAUGAGGAGUUGUCCCACAAGGCCUUGGAGCUUGGAGAGACCGAGGCCAAGGAUAAAGAGAUGUCGAAGCGGUGGGUGCUGUACCCGCGUCUUGCCAACUCCCUUUCGGCCCUUCCAGAAGGAAAGGUCAACUACUUUGAGGAAGCGCAGGCAUGGGUCGCAGAGGAGGAUCGGAUUGUUGAGGCCCGGAGAGCUGCGAUGAGCAAGAAGCCAAUGCUCCUCGACGUCAAUGAGCACACCGAGGAUGGAACACAAUUCAUGGUCGGACGCGGCGGUGGAGGAGGUUACGGAAACCCACAUUUCUUGACGACCCAGAACAGAGCCCCGAAGUACGCCACCCGAGGACGUGAGGGUCAGACUCGUUGGUUGACGCUCGAGCUCAAGACUAUUGCGGACGCGGGACUGGUGGGCUUGCCCAAUGCAGGAAAAUCGACUUUUCUGCAGGCUGUUUCGAAUGCCCAUCCGGCCAUUGCUCCUUACCCAUUCACGACACUCAACCCUUAUAUUGGCACUGUCGACUACUCGGACUCUUAUCAAGUCAAGGUGGCGGAUAUCCCGGGAUUGAUUCGGGGCGCCCAUAUGAACAUUGGAUUGGGUCACUCCUUCCUUCGUCACGUUGAGCGUAGCAAGGUGCUGGUCUAUGUGAUCGACAUUGCGGCCGAGUUUGGUGUCAAGCGCAAGGUCAAGGGCGUGGAUGACUGGACACCCGAGGAGGAUCUUGAGCUGGAUGAGACCGAGGAGUCCAGAUCGCUGAAGUCAUCAGAAGAUGAGGACCCCAACGCUGUAAACGCCGAAUACAGCCAGCCGUUUGAGGAUUGGAAGACACUACUGGACGAGUUGGAAGCCUACCAGCCAGGACUGACCAGAAGGCCGUCGAUGAUCAUCGCCAACAAGGCCGACGUGACCGAGGUCGCACCCAAGAACCUUCAGCUCUUCCAGAAGCUGGUUCAUGACGAGUGGGCCAAACGUCGUGUCGCCAACUCUUCGUCUGAACCUUCUUCUGCAAGCGACAACUACGACAUCAAGAUUGUACCCGUCUCUGCAAAGUACAAGAAGAACAUUGUCAAGGUGACUUCGAUCCUCCGCGAGAUUGUCGAGGCUGAGAAAGCCAAGGAGUCGGUGGCGGCGGCACGGAGAGAGCAACGGGAGCGGGAAGAAGAGGAUGAGGCCCUGGCCUUUAAGGCUACCCGGCGCAACAUCAUGAACAACUCUCAGAACGAAUAA